AUGGAAAUCGAUAGUGUCGCAGCCGAAGGAAGUAGUUGGCGAAAGAGUCCUUCCCCUGGGAGUGAGACUCAGGAGAAAUAUCAGUGUCCUCGCUGCUCUAGCAGUUUCAAGAGACCCGAGCACCUGAAGAGACAUCAACGCAGCCAUGACGGCCAUAAACCUGAUAUUCUUACUCGACACGAACUCAUGCACCUUGCUACUCAGAGAAAUAGCCACAGCCUUAACCGUAAACGGGCAUGUACAGAGUGCGCAAGAGCACGAGAAAGAUGCUCGAGGGGCGAGCCUUGCUUGAGAUGCACGAACAAAUCUCUCCAAUGCCUUUAUCCCGAUGAUUCGGCGCAAAAGGCUCACUCACCUACCAACGAGACCUCAACAUCUGCUGGUAAUGAACAUGGCCAGCUUGAGGAAUACUCUCAUCAAGCACCACGGGACACUCCUAUUCUACCGAAACAAGGUAGCUUCAUGGCAUCGGGCCCGCUUCAUCGAGGAUCUCUCAAUGAAGAUGAUAUCCCUUUUCGCGAGUUUCUACACACACUGAGGCCCCCUACCUUAUCUUCCUACCAACCCAACCAAGACCUUUUGUCGAAAUUCUCGUACAAGAGCGAUUCGUUCCAUCAAGAACGACAUUCGCAUCCCACAAAUUCCCACAGGAACGCAAGAGGGGAACUGGGUGACUUUGCCGACCAGACUUUUGAAUCGAAUCGUCUUGCUCCGCUGUUCGAUCGGCCGAGUUUGUCUUUCAACCGCCCGCAUCCCCAGGCUGCGAUCAAUCUCGAUGAACCGCUUUUUGGCGAAUAUCCCGAUCUCUGUUCUAUGAACAUGCCAUUCGACUACCAUUCCGACGCAUUGUCAUCGUCUACAUCGUCGCCGUCACGGCCACGACAUGUAGAAUCCCAGGAAAACAUCUUCUUACCUACUACUAUCCAUGCCGAAACUCAGCACGGCAUGGGCUUUCUCGAGCCUCUCAGCGACUCCGAGGGACUAUGUUCGGCAACGGCUGCGGCUGGUUGUGCGUGGCAGAGGCUGCAGGCGGCAUCAGACCUCAGUUUCCAGCCGAUCAACAUCAAAGUGUAUGAGCGCAUCGCGAGCCAGCUCAAGGACCUCUGCCUGGAACAUGGCGAGCCCGCGUGUGACCACAACAACAUCUCGGUGUCCCAGCGCACGGCCCAGCAUGAGCUCUUCGUCAAGCUGUACUACGAGCACUUCACGCAACAGCAGCAACAGCAGGCUAUCUAA